AUGAAUAGGCGUUCACCGUUUCUCAAAACAUUUGACGAAUUAAGCCUACGAUCCAUAAACAAAACUCCUACAAAAUCCGCAGAAAAAUCCCCAAGCUUACCCAAAAUGCAAAGCGUCGCAGAAACUCAUUUUACUCCUCGAAAAGAAACUUUAUCUCUCUACAAAGAAAAUCAGCGGCUUAAAAAAGAAAAUUCCUCAUUAUCAGAAAGCCUAAAACUUGCCCAAGAAGAAAUUAACUACAAAGAAGAAUUUUUAAGUGUAAUAAAUGCAGUUUCUGAAGAAAACUACGAUAUAAGAAAACUUUUAUUAUAUAAAGCGAAACUGAGAAAACAAGAAAGACUGGUAAAGCGUAUAUAGAUUAUGCUGCUUCAGUUAGCACUUAAAUCUCAGAAAGCGCUGAACUUCGAGAUUGAGUCAAUGAUGUCAAAGAUUUAUAUAAUGAUAAAAGAGUCUGAAAGACCUGAUGAAACUUUGCUGUCUAUUAACACUCUAAUUAAAAUUGCAAGAAAAAAGCAAAGAAAUGCUGAGUGCAAUAGUAAAUCAGCAUAUGCCCAAUAUAUAAAUAGAGUUACAGUUGGGAGUAUAAAAACUGAAACAAAUGAGCCUAAUUGGUCUCCUGUAAUAAAAUUAGACGGAAAUGAUAUAUUUAAAACAGAAGAAAAAUUAACCAGCUUAUUAGAAAUAAUCUCAAACCCUAAACAUCCUGAGCUUCCUGAAAAAUUGAAAGAAGCCAGAAGCUGCCUGUUGAAAUUAGGGAUCCAGCUGCCCUCCAAAGAAAUUGCUGAAGAGCAUCUCAAUUUUCAAGAAAUCACCAAAAAAUUAAUGUCGAAAUCAAUCCCAACUGGCAAAAAUUACGUGAAAGAAGUGAUGGGCAAAAUUGGCUCAGAAAGAAAGCAGUUUAAAUCUGAAAUUGAAUUCCUUACAAAAGAUUUGAAAAAAUACCAAGAAGAUUUGGCUCAUUAUGAAGCUAUUGCAAAUACAUGCAAUGAUAAAAUUAAUGAGAAUAAAAUGCAGCUUGGUACUGUGCUAAAUCAAGUUUGUGAACCAAUAGAAUCAAUUGUGGCUACUUAUGAUAACCUGAACUCUGGAGGCGCCAUAUCACAGCUGCUUACCAUUCUUAAAACAGCGAUUCCACAGCUAAAAGAAGCUUUAGUCUUUAAAAAAGACUUCAAUAAUAUUAAAGUCUAA